CUUCAAAUCAACUGAUUUUAACAAUUACAUGAAUUAAAGAAGAGCUCGCGGCCAUGGAAGCUCCACGAUUAUGUCACGUAGUUCUCUCUUUUUCUGCCAUGAAUAAACAAACCUAGCUCUGAAACCGCCAUCUCCAUCUCCUCCAAAAUUGACCCACUUUCUGGCAGAGAUCACAAAAAAGUAGCUAAAUACAGCAAACAAUGGAUCAUUACAAAGUAUUAGGGUUAACACGGAGCGCGAACAAGGAAGAAAUUAAGCAAGCGUUUCGGAAAUUGGCAAUGGAAUUUCAUCCCGACAAACACGCACAUUCUUCGCAUCAGUUAAAGGAAAACGCUACGCUCAAAUUCAAGCAAGUUUCCGAAGCUUACGAGACUCUGAUCGACGAUCGCAAGCGCGCUGAUUACAAUAUCCGGUCCAAUAGUUACCGGAAUUCUGCGAAUAAUUAUGGCGGUAAUAGUGACUAUUAUAACCGUAGUUAUCAGAACGGGUAUAGGAAUAGUUAUAAUUAUGGGUAUGGGUAUAGUCGGCCUACGGAUGCCGGCGGUUCUGCUAGCAUUGUUACCAAAUUCGAGAUGGUUCUGCGGUUCAUGACGACGCGGGCAUUUCUCCUCAAUGCUGCACUUGCCGGUGUAUUGUUAGGUGCAACAUAUGUAGUUGAUGCAGGUGGGGAGGCACUAUGGAAGAUGCAAAAUUCUGGAAAAUCGUUUGAAGAAGCAAUGGAAUCUGUAGAAAAAGCUAAAGCAUUUGAUGACAAAAGAUGAAAGGGGUUCUGCUGUAUAGUUGUUUGUUUUUGUCGACGGGUUCGAAUUUGCUCAUGGAGAACCCCUGCUUCAUACCUU